GCUUGUCACGUGAAAUUUACAUAAAAUUCUCCCCAACAAAGCAGGAAUGUGUAAUUUAAUUUCAUUAGUCGGAUGCACAGUUCCCUUCCAACACCGUAUUUUAAUUCUACCAAAUAUUCAAUGUAUAUCUACCAAACAUGAAAAGUAUGCAGAAAAAGAAAACAGGGAAGGCCAAUUUUUAUUACGCUCGGCGUCGAACGGAUCGCUGCAGAGCUGAAGUAACAUGCAGCAUUGCGGCGAUGAAAUUGGUUUACCAAACAUGCUCACCAAAGGUCUUGGUGAGAAAGACAAAAAACUUUCAAAUCAGGAGAUGACCUCAUUCACAGAUUUUUCUACAGGGAACCAAAAAAGUUCUAUUCAGAAUAUACCCACCAUUGAUUUUUCUGCAGAGAACCAAAUAAAUUCAAUUCAGAAGAUGCCCACCUCGGAUCAGAAUAUACCCACAAUUGAUUUCUCUGCAGAGAACAGGAAAAGUUCUAUUCAGAAUAUACCCAGGAUUGAUUUUUCUGCAGACAAGGAGGAGGAUUUAUGGAAUGACCCCGUGAUGCACGGGUUGAGCGAAGCAUUGCGUAUUCAGCACUAUGCAUUGCGGGAUGUUUAUUCUGAGCUGGAAGCAGAAAGAAGUGCCUCUGCAACUUCAAUCGACGAUGCCCUGCUCAUGAUUUCUCGUUUGCAGGAUGAGAAGGCCAGAUUGGCAAUGGAAGCAGCUCAAUUUAAAAGGGAGGCCCAGGAGAAAAUCAGUCAUGCCCAGACCACUCUAAGUUUUUAUGAGAAUGUGCUGUUCAGAAAAGAUGAGGAGAUCAAGGCUCUCCAGUGUGAGAUUGAAGCCUUCAGGCACAGGUUCUUGAGUUAUGGUAUCCAUGAUGAUAUUGGGUUUAGGUUAAGUGAUAAAGAUGGCUAUGUGGAUAUGCCUGAAAAUUCCCUUGCAGAGAAGAACUCUAUUGGUAACCGAGAUGGGAUAGGUGGUUUUCUGGCACGUAGUUUUACCACGGAUUGUGAGAGUUGCAGUGAACUUAAGCCUGAAGACUCUGCCUCGAAGGAAAUAGAAAGGGCAAGAAGAAUGGGGUUCUCUGAAGCUGUAAAAAACAACCAUUGUGAUCAAGGUGGAGAGGAUGAAAGGAAACAGGUCAAUAUGAUUGAAAGGGUAAGGCAUUCUCCCGAAGAUCCCUUUUCUGGGAAUGUUUAUUUGCUUUGGGAACGGAUAGAAGGAUUACAGAAGAAGCUGCAUAUGUUAUCAGAGAAGAAAAUAGUGAAUCCUAAUCUAAAGGAUGAAUGGAGAUCCACCUGUGACAAACUUCAACAUGCGCUAGCAUCAUAUACAACUAGCUUGAGGCAGGGUUUAAAAUCCCAUUGGAGGGGUUCAGUCCCCGAGGUACAUGAAUCAGAGGCGAAAGCAAAUACAGACCAAACUGAUGGACCAGUAGAUGUACAUAUGGAUACCACGCAAAUGGGUGAUCAACAACUGUUCAUCCAGACACAUGAGGAGGAAUUUACCCAGGUAUCUGUUAUGGAAAAUAGCACUUUGGAGCUAAUGCAAUCUAAGAUUGAAGAUCUUAAUUUAAGGAUAUGUGCCUUGGAAGAUGAUGAGUCUGUAAAACAAGCUAUGGACUCUUUGAAAAGACAGCAAUAUAUUGUCAAACAUUUCAAGCAGAUUACCCAAGGUUUCCAUAAGUCAAAAGAACCCUCUGAGGGCCAAAUAAAUGUGAAGGUGAUUUCUUUACAAAGAUUUGUAACAAUUGCCUCACUUAUAAAGUAUUUCCUUUCUCAGUUACCUGUCGGUGUACGGUGUAUAUUAUCUUUUCUUCUAUUCAGAAGUUACAAGUAUAUGAGAAGAAGGUAACUUGUGAGCGCUUAGCUUGUUGCUUUGGCCUUCCCAUCUCCACUUUAUGGUGCUCUGAAGUAUUGGAUCUUAAGUGUUGCUUCAUUCAAAAUUGUGGGUUACUCUAUCUAUGUCACUGGAUGAAAAUCAAUCAGAUGAUCUUUAAAAGUACAUAUGGUACAUUAUUCAUUAAAGGUGGUGAGUUGAUGUUUUGCUGGAAAUUGCCAAGUGGCAACUGAUACAGCAGUGACAAUCUUGGAAGAUGGGAACCUAGAGAUGUCGGUUAACUAAGGAUCUUUGGUGUGGUCUUUUUGAUUGUCUCAAAUGUGAAGAAGGCUUGUGAGAAAUGAUCUUCUCAAUUCAUGAGAAUGAUGAUAAUAAGCCAAGACCAUUAACUGAGCAGUGCAAUUUUGGAUAAAACAUGCAUGCUUCUGAAACAUCUGAAUAAUCUACAUGAUAUGCAAGAUGUGUUGAUUAGCAUGGAUCUGAUGCUACUCUCUGAUUACAGGUUUACAAUCCAUGCCAGAAUGCUGAUUGAUUUUAAGCUUGUUCGUGAGUGUUUCUGGAUUUACUGUGAAUAAUAUUAUGACAGUGGAAGUCUGAUGUCUUUGAUUAUAAGCUGGCCAAUGAUUGGAAAAACCAGGCAAAAUAGGACAAAAACAUAUCAUCAUAAUUGGUUGAUUUAUAGGAAGUCAUGUCUACUAGCAUGUGUCUAGUAACCAGGAUUACCACUAGUGUUUUUUUGGUAUUUUCUUGGGAAAAGUGAAUGUGAUCAGUUUGAAAUUGUUAAUUUCUUUGAAUGUUAUUACACAUUUUGAAGGUUUCCAAAAACACAGUACUUGCUGUAGGCCUCAUUCUUUUGUUUCUUGUGCCAUUCUGGUUGGGCACAAAUUGUAGUAGGGAUGAAUCCUUGGUGGAUGGGAGGAAACCACAUCAAGCUGACCUCUGAACCAUGUCCAGAGUGAAGAUAAAUGGUUGUAAAGAAAGAAUGUAAUUUUCCAAUAUUUAACCCAGCUUAAGAUGAAACAUCAAUGGUACAUUGGUAGCAGUUGCAGCUGAAUGGAUCCUAAGAGUGGUUCCGAAUAUUUUGAGAAAUUCUGUUUUUGGCAAUUUUUGAAGGGUUUUUCAGUGUGAUGCUUCCUACAUUUGUUCUACUUGAUUUGCCUUCAGUCCUGCAGUGACACUCGAACACUUUAAUUAGUUAUUUGUUAUAUGUUUAGCCUCAGGUUUGGUCUGUAACACUUAAAGCAGCUAAUCAUACAAGUUUUAAAAUUUAACCAUCACCCUGUUCCUUG